AUGUCAUCAGCGGAAGAGUGGUUUGCUACAAACCAUUUAAAACUAAAUGAAGAAAAAACGCAAAAAAUGACUUUUACAUCAAAUAAAAACACCCACAAGAUGGAACCAAUCAAAUCACUUGGUAUUAUUCUAGACGCAAACCUUAAUUGGGGCCCUCAUAUCGAUGCUACUACCGCAAAAAUUUCGUCGCAAAUAUUUGCGUUAAGACAAAUGCGACAGAGUCUUGAUAAAACUGUAUUAAAAAUGGUUUACUAUGCCCUAGUACAUAGUCAUUUGUCUUACGGGAUUUUGUUAUGGGGAAAUAGCUGUAAGGCUAAUAAAUUAUUUUUUCUUCAAAAAGCAGCUAUCCGACUGAUAGCAGAUGUCGAAUAUAGGGAACCCUGUCACGACCUAUUCAAAAGAUAUGAGAUUCUGCCA